CAUCCAGCUAUUUUAACACUUUCACUCCGAACUCUCACGAAUUCAAAACCCAAUUCCAGCAAAAUUAUCAGCACCAAAUUUCUUGUUCAAAGAAACUCUGAGAUAACAAAAAACGGAAGAAAUGGAAAUCUCAGAGAAGCAGAAUCAAUCUUCAACCAGUUACCUACUAAAAACAUCAUAUCCUGGACAGCGAUGCUCACUGAGUAUGCUGAAAACAAUGAAAUUACAAAAGCACGGAGGCUGUUUGAUGAAAUGCCUCAACGAAAUACUGCAACUUGGAAUGCUUUGAUUACGGCUUAUACUCGUAGUAAUUCUCACAUUAACGAAGCGUAUGAAUUGUUUUGUAAAGUUCCUGAGAGAAAUGUUGUUACAUAUGCUGUCAUGAUAACGGGUUUUGUUCGUGUGGGAAGGUUAAACGAAGCUGAGAAGAUUUACUAUGAAAUGCCUGUAAUUGGUAGAGACCCAGUUGUUUCAAAUGCAAUGAUUAAUGGGUAUUUGAAGCUUGGUGAAUUGGAUAGAGCGGUUUAUGUAUUCGAUUCUAUGGCGGAGAGAAAUGUGGUUUCAUGGAGUUCUCUUUUAGAUGGGUACUGUAAGAAUGGAAAGAUUAAUGAAGCUGAAGUCAUGUUUCAGAAAAUGCCAGAGAAGAAUGUUGUUUCGUGGACUACAAUGAUCAGUGGGUACAUGAAGAGUGGACAACGGGCAAAGGGGUUUGAGUUGUUCUCGAAGAUGAGAAGAGAAGAGCAUGUUGAAGUAAAUUCUAUUACCCUAACGGUGAUUUUGGAGACUUGUGGAAGUUUGGGUAGAUUCAAAGAAGGUAUUCAGAUUCAUGGAUUGGUCAUCUUAAUGGGUUUUGAUUUUGACGUCUACUUGGAUAAUUCAGUUAUUAACAUGUACUGCAGAGUUGCACGGAUGGAUGACGCAAGAAAUGUAUUUGACAUGAUGAACAAGAAAGAUGUCGUAUCUUGGAAUUCAUUGAUUACUGGUUUUUUUCAGAACGCUGAUACCGAAAAGGCUUGUAGAUAUUUUGAGAAAAUGCCGAGUAAAGAUGUUGUUUCCUGGACUAAUAUGAUUAUGGCCUUCUCGAACCAGGGAAGAAUGGAAGAUUCUAUGAGAUUAUUCAAUGAGAUGCCCAGGAAAGAUGGUAUUGCUUGGACUGCCAUUAUUUCAGGAUUCGUGGCAAGCGGAAGAUUUGAGAAGGCUUUCCGGAUGUUCAUUCAGAUGGUUCGAGAAGCAAUCAAGCCAAAUUCUCACACUAUGAGCAGUGUACUUUGUGCAUCUUCAGGGUUGGCAAGUUUAAACCAAGGAGAGCAGAUACACGCAAAUGUUGUUAAAUUGAAAAUGGAAUCUGAGUUAUCUAUCCAAAAUUCAUUGAUUUCCAUGUACUCAAAAUGUGGAGAUGUCAACACCGCGUACAAAAUAUUUUCAAGUAUUAGUACACCUGAUCUUCUAUCUUUCAACUCAAUGAUCACAUCGUUUGCUCAACACGGUCUUGGAAAAGAAGCUUUAGAGUUAUUUACGAAGAUGCUGAUAGAAGAAGGCUGUGAACCAAAUGAAAUUACCUUCCUAGGGGUUCUUUCUGCUUGUGUUCAUGUCGGUUUAGUAAACGAAGGUUGGAAUUACUUUCGAGCAAUGAGUUCUAUGCAUCAUAUAGAACCAGGACCAGAUCAUUAUGCUUGCAUGAUCGACUUACUUGCACGGUCAGGACUCUUUACUAAGGCACUUGAUUUGAUCCAGUCUAUGCCUAUGAAGCCACAUUCUGGUAUAUGGGGAGCUUUACUCAGUGGAAGCAGAACCCACAUGAAUGUCGAUAUUGCAGAGCUUUCUGCCAGACACCUUAUCGAACUGGAACCUGAUAAUGCAACUCCAUAUGUGGUUUUAUCCAACAUUUAUUCGGUUGCAGGGCUUCAAGAGGAUGGGAAGGAAUUAAGAUUGAUAAAGAAUCGUAAUGGAGUGAAGAAAAGUCCUGGUUGUAGUUGGGUUACAUGACUUAUGCCACUGAAUAUUAAGUCAGUCAGGCAAUCAUAUUGUAGCCCCCCACCUUUCGGAUUUCUUGGCUCCGCCACUGCAGUCAGGCAUUGAGCACACCAAUAGGAGCCAAUGCAGCUGCUGCUGCUAGCACUAUGGCAGCACGUUCAGCAGUCAGUGGUUCAACGGUUUCUUCAGGUUUUCUGCUUGCCCGAGGUGUUGGUGAUACCUCUGCUGCUGUUUGUUCAUCAUCUCCUAUUUCAGUAUUAUUGACAGAUUAUCUCACUGUAUUAGAGAUAUGAUAUCUGCCUGGCUUACUCGGCUGCCUUAGUCCACACCAACUGGGACCUGCAUACGAUACACGUCACUUGUAACGGACCCCACACGCACGUGUGGUGCAGGCGUGCCAAAUGGGGAGCCUAGUUAGCAAUUCGGGAUUCGGCAAACUUACGGAACGGCAAACG